UGUGGAAGGUACCUAGGUAAGAAGACGAGGAGCGCGACGAGAAGCAGGCAAGUGAACGGGCAGAGUGUGUAGCAGACGAGCAGACAAUAUGCGUAUGCAUGUGCCGUGCUGUGCUGUGCUGGUGUCGUUAUUUCGUUAUGGGGGCGACUACGGACUACUGUACAUGGCUAGCCAGCUACUCGCGCAUCGCGCCUCUGUCGGGCCCGUGAGAGCAGAGGCACGAAGAAAAGCAGAGCAGAAGCAAGCAGGAAAGCAAGAAGGGGGGAAAGCAGUCUCGAGCCUAGCAGUGGGGGAAUUGACCCGCAUGAUCCACCAUCGAGUUUCGGAAGCAAAAGUGGUCGUAAUCGUCGGGCAGCAAGAAAAAAAAGGAAGGAAACUAGAAAACAAAAAAGUAUGGGGUGAGGAGACUCCAGGGCGGCAGAGUACGAUCAUUGCGCGCGCGGUGGCAGCGCUUAGCCGUCGAGCCCCCGGACCACAGUUGCGUCCGUCCCCCUCGCUUCGCGACAAAAGGUUCGUGUCACGGAUGUCGACGACCGCUCUGCCGUAGUUCUCCAAGGAGAAAGCGGAAGUCCAUGUCCGUCUACCCUCUUUGCCUCUAAAGCCCCAGUUGAUAUUCAAGUGUUCAUCCACGGCCAAGGCGAAUACUCAAAUUGGUUGUUGCACUUCGAGAAUCCCGCUC